AUGGGCGGUGCUGCCCGCGGGCCGGGCAGAAAGGAUGCGGGGCCGCCGCGAGCGGGGCCCCCGGCCCAGGAACCUCGGAGGUUGGGAGAUGGUGUGUAUGAUACCUUCAUGAUGUUAGAUGAAACUAAAUGUCCACCUGGCCCAAAUAUAGCCUGCAACCCUUCUGAACCAGCUCUACCUAGAAGAUUGUAUAUUACUACUGAAAAGCUAACAACCAGCCACACUCAACCAAUCCCAAAUGGAGGUGACAUUAAGGUGGAACAGCUGUUUCAGGAAUUUGGCAACAGAAGAACCAGUGCAUUUCAAUCCGUAGGAACAAAUACCUCUGAAAAGUAUCCUCCCACCAUUUCUCAGGGUAAAAGUUCAGAUAGUUUGAACACUGUCAAAUCUGGUAGUUCAUCCAAAGGGCUAAAAGUGGUACCUCUGACUCCUGAACAAGCACUAAAGCAGUAUAAGCAUCACCUGACUCCUUAUGAGAAGCUAGAAAUCAUCAAUUAUCCUGAAGUUUAUUUUGUGGGUCCAAAUGCUAAGAAAAGGCACGGCGUCAUGGGUGGCCCCAACAACGGGGGAUAUGAUGAUGCUGAGGGAGGCUACAUCCACGUGCCUCGAGACCACUUGGCUUAUAGGUACGAGGUGUUGAAAAUCAUUGGCAAAGGCAGCUUUGGCCAGGUAGCUCGAGUCUAUGACCACAAACUUCACCAGUAUGUCGCCCUGAAGAUGGUUCGCAAUGAAAAGCGCUUUCAUCGACAAGCAGCUGAAGAAAUCAAGAUUUUAGAGCAUCUCAAGAAACAGGAUAAAACAGGCAGCAUGAAUGUUAUUCACAUGCUAGAAAGCUUUACAUUCCGGAAUCAUGUCUGUAUGGCUUUUGAAUUGCUAAGCAUGGACCUCUAUGAGCUGAUAAAAAAGAACAAGUUUCAGGGAUUCAGCGUCCAGCUGGUGCGCAAAUUUGCUCAAUCUAUCUUGCAAUCUCUGGAUGCUCUCCACAGAAACAAGAUCAUUCACUGCGACCUGAAGCCAGAAAACAUUCUUCUAAAACAGCAUGGCCGCAGCGCAACCAAGGUAAUUGACUUUGGGUCCAGCUGUUUUGAGUACCAGAAACUCUACACAUAUAUCCAGUCUCGUUUCUACAGAGCUCCGGAGAUCAUCUUGGGAAGUCGAUACAGUACGCCUAUUGAUGUUUGGAGCUUUGGCUGCAUUCUAGCCGAACUUUUGACUGGACAGCCUCUCUUCCCUGGAGAGGAUGAAGGAGACCAGUUAGCUUGUAUAAUGGAACUUCUAGGGAUGCCCCCUCCAAAACUUCUCGAGCAAGCUAAGCGUGCCAAGUACUUUAUCAACUCCAAGGGUCUUCCUCGAUAUUGUUCUGUGACUACUCAGGCAGAUGGGAGGGCGGUCCUUGUGGGCGGGCGUUCACGCAGGGGUAAGAAGCGAGGCCCACCAGGCAGCAAAGACUGGGUAACAGCGCUGAAAGGGUGUGAUGACUACUUGUUUAUAGAAUUCUUGAAAAGAUGUCUUCAUUGGGACCCCUCUGCCCGCCUGACCCCAGCUCAGGCCUUAAGACACCCUUGGAUUAGUAAACCUGUGCCCAGACCUCUCACUACAGACAAAAUGUCAGGGAAACGGAUAGUAAAUCCUGUGAAUGCUUUGCAGGGAUUGGGUUCCAAAUUGCCUCCGGUCACUGGAAUAGCCAACAAGCUUAAAGCUAAUUUAAUGUCGGAAACUAAUGGCAGUAUACCUCUGUGCAGUGUCCUGCCCAAACUCAUCAGCUAGUAGAGAGUGAUCUGUGUGAAAAUAUGCAUAAAUGAUAUUUUUAAUCAUCCUGAAAGCCUGCAAUUUGGAAAAUAUAGCAUCCUCGGAGCCCCUGUGUUUGGCGGACAAGACUUUUUUAAAGGCAAAACUUUUUUUAUAUGUAUGGAAAUGAACUUUUCAAGGGCUAAUUAUCUAACCACCUUGUUUCAGUCACAUUUCAAAACCUAUUAAAUUACUUUUUAUAGGUCA